AUGCCCAUGAUCCGCACCGCCCUCUUUCGGUCCACCGUCCCCGCGCGCACCUCGUUCGUCGCGGCGCGAUCGUACGCCUCCCAAGACCCCAAUGCCAAGUCGACCGCCCGGAAGGUGAUGGAGGGCGCGGACGCGGCGUUGAGCGAGCCGCAUACGACUGCGGGGCAAAAGGUCGAUAAGGCCGCUAAGUUGGCGGGUGCCGCGGCUGAUUCGAGCCCCGAGAACCCAUCGGUCAUCUCAUCCGCUGGCGCCGUAGGCAAGCAGUUCAACCCCGACGGCUCCAUCGGCCAGAUCGGCGAGAAGAUUGGCGGUCCCUUCUCCAAGGACGGUGCGAUCGGGUCUCAGUUUGACGCGUCCAAGGAUGGGAUUGCGGGCCAGGUCGAAAAGGCCGUCGAUGGGCCUGCGCAUAAGAAGCACUAG